CCAACUUCCAUCACACCUACCCUCCCCUUCCCCCUCCCCCCCUCUCCCGAGCCCCUCCCGCCUCUUGACUCACACAGGGACCUCACAGCAAUCGGUAUAUUAUUCGCCUGGGAUAAUAACACUAUCGCCGACAACAUGUCAGACGACGCCGACGUGGAAAUGCUCGACAUGCUCCCCAGCACCCCGCGGGUGAACUUCCAUCACAGUGCGCCCAUCUCCGUCCCGCCUAUCGCGGCGCGGCCCAUACCGGUCUCGGUUGCACCCUCGGCGUCGCGCCCACCGUUAACGACGUUGCGCUCGACGUCGUCAUCGUCGUCGUCGCGGGGCACGGUGGGGGCGUACCCCGCUGAGGCCGGAGAUGUGGAGCCACAUUUAGUUUCAGGGGAUGAAGGAGAAGGUUCGCGGUCGGGCGAGAACGAAAGCGCGUCUGAGGACGAAGAGGAGGGCGAGGGCGAGGGUGAAGAAGGGGACGAAGGCGAGGAGGCUGAGGGCGAGGGCGAGGAGGGAGAAGACGGUGAAGAGGCUGAGGAAGCUGAGGAAGCAGAAGAAGGCGACGAAGAAACAGACAGCGAAGAAGAGGACGACGACGACUCGGUCGUCGAGAUCCCCCCGCCAGGCCAGCGUGAGCCUAGUGCCAAGCCACUCACAACGCCGCCCGCAGCCGUGCCCGUCACAUCCGUCGCGUCCGCGUCCGACCUCCCCGCCCCGCCUAUGACCGCCGAAUCUGACAUGACCGCCGUCGGCACCGACACCACCGAAGCCACUAAGGCAUCAUCCAGCAAGCCGAGCUCAAAGGCCGUAAAGAAAAAAGGGCGCCCGCGCUCUCCCUCACCUGGAACGCCGCCUCCACCGCCCCCGCCCCCGUUGCAGACGAUCCGGCUCGAGAUUCGGCUGGGCGGGCCGGAGAACUACGAGGUGGACGUGCGCGCUUUGGCCCGGGAGACGGGGCAGCGUCCGCCAUCGCCUGCGCUGCCUACAACGCAUCUUGGCAAGCACUAUGCGACAGACGUCGAGCAUGAGGGAGGUGCCGGUGGAGAUGGUACAGGGGAAGGAGGGACCGGGCCGCCCGAGGGGGCUAAACGAAAGAGGAAGAAAAAGAACCACGCGUCCGAGUACUAUGACACGGCCGACCCGUUCAUCGACGACUCGGAGCUCGCUAUCGACGAUAGACAUUAUUUUGCGCAGACGAAGCAGCAGGGAUUUUAUGUUUCGAGUGGAGAGGUUGCGCUUCUCAAGGACAAAACCCCUGCCCGAAAACCCAAGUCCAAAAAGAGCCCUGCACAUGAAGUUCCCGGCGGUGCCAACGGGACGCACGCCAAACCAGACCCUGCACGGGAAAACCCCGUGCUCAGCUCGCUGAGCGUGAGCGCCGCGCUCGUCGGCUCGCGGCAACCUGGCGCGCCCGAGGGCAAGCGGCGGAAGAACUAUACGGUCGUGGAGGAGAACGGAAAGAAGCGGAAGGUUGUGGAUAUUCGAGACUUCAAGCCCGAGCUCCAAACAGCAUUCGAUGAUCUCAAAGCUGCCAUUUCAAAUCAAACAUGGGAGAACAAAUCCAAGUUCCCGCCAACACUCAAGCCCCUGCUAGCCGAGGUUGCACUCAAAGCUGUGCACCUGGGCGAGUACGAUGACGACUUUUUCAACCUCAUGCCUGUCUUGUUCCCGUAUAAUCGGUUUACUAUGUCUAAACUCAUCAAACGCCUCGUAUUCGUCGACCAUGUCAAGAUCCUCACGGACGAGCAGGAGAAGCUACUCGCGCAGCUCGCCGCGCUCACGAAGGAGGGUUUCCCGCGCGCGAAGGAGGAGUGGGAGCGCGCCGUUGUGCAGUGGGAGAAGCGCCAAGAGAAGCGCUCGGACGGUACGCCGGUAGCUGGCGGACCGGGCUCCGAUAUCAAAGACGAAGAAAUGGCCGAACCCUCUGCUACCGCCAACGCGCUGUCUACUGCCUCGGCUCUGGACGGGGGCGCCGACGACGGCGGUGAGGGCAGAGAAGAGGGCGCGGGCGGCAUGGCAGGGAGAGACGCGCACCCGCCGGCGCAGAAGUACAGACUGACGGAGGAGAUGAAGCAGAUCAUAUGGCAGCUCGUGUUGCUGAGCAACGAGUGCUGUCGGUUGGAGAAUGAGAAGAAUGAACUCGAAGGGAAUAAUCAGAUUGUGAGCGAGCAGGGGACGCGGAAGGUGUUGUAUCAGAAGAUUGUGGCUUCAUUCCCGCCUGGAUGGCUUAACUCGGGUCAGAUAUCGCGUGAUGUGAGCGCCAUGAAGAAGAAGCUCGAGAAAGAGGCUAUGGAAGCUGAGGGUUAAACGUUAAACGUUAACCUUGCGGCCCCUGGUGUCCCUCCACCUCCAGUCGUGGAUACUUGUGUCACUUCUGCAUCCUGGCUGCGCGACUUACCCUGAGAAUUUCAGCGCCGACAUUUUUCUCUGGCUUCUUCCUCAUUCUUCCCGCACUUAUGUGAUGUCACCGAGUGAUGGACGGUUGUUCUCCCCGCGUACCUGUUUGAUGAGGUCUGCUUCAUAUUAUCAUUAUUCCUUCAUUCCUUCGCCAUUCAUAUGUUUCCUUUAUUCGAUAACACUCCCAUCCCGUACAGUCUUCGGAUCCUCGCAUGCUCUACAUUCGGCCUUCCCUCCCAUCACCCGCCUUGCCUACCGCAUGUCGUGCACUCUCUUUUCACUGCC